AUGCCUUUCUCCAGCCCUUCAGGCAAAGGUAUCCUGUCAGGUCACGCAGAUGGCUCAAUCAUCCGCUAUUUCUUCGACGACGAGGGCUCGGGCGACACACAGGGAAAGAUUUCCACCCACCCAUCACCCCCCUACGCACUGGCAUUCUCUCAGAACGCCAUUGUAGCAGCAGGCUGUGAUAAACGCAUCAUCGCGUACGGCCGAGACGGGAGGAGCUUCCAGCACUUUGAUUACAGUCGGGAGGAUGACGAGCAUGAGAUCACAGUGGCCGUCUGCUCUCCCAGUGGACAGAAUGUGGUGCUCGGCAGUUUUGACAAGUUGCGGGUUUUGAACUGGAGCCCCCGACGUCAGAUGUGGGAGGAGCCUAAACUGAAGGAGAUCCACAACCUGUACACGGUCACUGCAUUGGCGUGGAAAAAAGAUGGCUCCCGGGUUAUUGCGGGUACGCUGUGCGGAGGUCUGGAGAUGUUUGACUGUUGCCUCAAGAGGACGCUGUACAAGAACAAGUUUGAGAUCACCCACGUGGGAGUCAGUCAGGCCAUUGUGAAGAACCUGUCCAACAACACCAAGGUGAUGCUCAAGUCCCACUACGGCUACGAGAUCGACGAGGUUCGCAUCAUGGGCCGGGACCGCUACCUCGUGGCUCACACCUCGGACACCCUGCUCCUCGGGGACAUGCUCUCCUCCAGGCUGAGUGAGGUCCCGUGGCAGGGCUCCGGUACUGAGAAGUACUACUUUGACAACGAGAAUGUGUGCAUGAUCUUCAAUGCUGGGGAGUUGGCACUCAUUGAGUACGGCGCUAAUGAGGUGCUGGGCUGCGUUAGGACAGAGUUCAUGAACCCACAUCUCAUCAGGUGA